GUCCGACUUUCAAAAGAGCUGCAGUUUGGCGCUUAGCAUUCCUGUGCGGUUAUGAUGCUGCGAUCACGAGCCCCGAAGCUUUCCGGCUCCCGUCUUGGACUGCUCUUGGCCAUCUUGGCAUGGCGCUGCUCAGCGGACUUGAUCAUCAACCCUAUGCCCCUUUCCGAGUUCGUUAACGGAACCUCCAUAUUCUGGGGAGGUCCACAGGACGGACAAGAUGACCCGUUUGAGAUGCGGCUACCGCCAGGAGCAUGCGGCUACGGUGAAAUGGACUCCAAGAUGUGGCCGUUCUACCUUGUUACCGGCAUCUCGGCCAGCAGCCCCCUCGUCCAGCAACGGCCUCUGGCAUCUUGCGGGACAUGCCUAGAGGUCAAGUGCGUCUCUACCGAUCCCAAGGUCUGCGUCGGCACCGGCACCGUCACAGUGGUGGUCACCGAUGAGUGCCCCAGCUGCGCCCCAUACGAGCUCAACAUGCACGCAUUCGCCUUCGAGCAGAUCGCCCGCCUCGAGUACGGCAAGACAGCCAUCCAGUACCGCCAAGUCGAGUGCUCGCCUGCAGACAACAUCACCGUCCGAGUCGACAGCUUCCGUGUGGUGCAGGGCGGAUGGAUCCGCCUGAGCAUCAAGGGUGUCGCCAGCGACGCAGGCAUCGUGAGCGUGGAGCUCGCAAGGUCCCUUACCGCCGCUGUGGGCAGCAACUCAACGGUGGGCGCUGCCGACGCUACACAGACCGCGGCGCAGGCUGCCUCAGGCGCUGACGCAUCUGGCCGCGUGUGGAAGCCCAUGGAGAACACUUACGGAGCCGAGUGGGAGCUGUCCGCGCUGCCCUCGCCGCCCUACGACCUCCGCAUCACCGACAAGUUCGGACGCAAGCUGGUCCUCACCGGCGUCAUCGCCAAGGCGGGUCAAACUGGCGAGUUCCCCGGCGGCGGACAGUUCCCAGCUUUGACUGCGGCAACCGUCAGCGCCUACAAGAGCAGCUUGCCGAUCGAGGUGCCAGUGGCCGCCAACAGCACCGCUUCCCUGCCAACCCGCCCGCCCACCUCGCCGCCGGCCAACGCCACCAAGCUCGCCGCCACAACCAAGCCCACCGUGACCGCGGCCACGGCCGCACCUGCGACCGUGUCCGCCGCAACGACCAAGCCCGCCGCGGCCACCACCACCGCUGCCACACCUGCUGUCACGCCCAAGCCCGCCGUGACAGCUGCCGCUACGCCCAAGCCCGCCACAACAGCUGCCCCUACGCC